AUGCGGUGGGCCGUGAAGGUUGUGCUCCUUGUUUUGGCUUUGUCCCACCCAACCCAAGGCCAGGGCAGGAAAAAGAAGGGCCAGAGAGAUGACAGCCGUGUCAUCCUUAACGAAGGAAAAAUUCUGAUCUGCCCGGUGGAGAUCAUGUUCAUCAUGGACAGCUCAGAGAAGGCCAAGGCGGCGCUGUUUGAAAAGCAGAAGGAGUUUGUUCUGCGCUUCAGCACGCAGCUCAUGCAGCUCCAGGCGACAGGCUGGCAUCUGCGGAUCCGCUUAGCGGCCCUGCAGUACAGUAGCACCGUGUCAGUGGAGCACAACUUCAGGGACUGGCAGGAUGUGGACGUCUUCCAGAGCCGCGUGGCCUCCAUGGCCUACAUCGGCCACGGCACCUAUUCGGCCUACGCCAUCAGCAAUGCCACCCAGGUGUUUAGCCAGGAGACUUCUGCCAGCAGCCUGAGGGUGGCGCUGCUAAUGACCGAUGGGCAGGAUCACCCACGCAGCCCCAGCGCCGUGACAGCCGCCGCUGAAGCCAAGAACCAUAACGUCAGGGUGUUCACCAUCAGGCUUUCCAGCUUACCCAAAGACGGCCCCAUCAGUGCCAGGCUGCGCUCCAUCGCCAGCGCCCCCCCUCAUCAGCACGUGCUCAGCCUCAGCGACCGCCAGCUGGAUGAGAAACUCUUCAAGGAGCUGGAAACCAUCGUCACCACGGGGUGCCCGCAGCCGAAGUCGUGUCUGUGUGAGAAGGGGCAGCGGGGUCCUCCUGGGAACCCGGGGAAACAGGGUGAAUCCGGAUCUCAUGGGGCUCCGGGUGUGAAGGGCUCUCGUGGAGAACCCGGCAUCAACGGACGCCCAGGGAUGGAGGGCCUGGUGGGCCGGCCGGGUCACCGAGGAGAAAAGGGGGAGCGUGGGGAAUGCGGAUCCCCCGGCGUGAAAGGAGAACAAGGUCCUGACGGACCUCCUGGCCAACGAGGCCCCCGAGGAGAACAGGGACCAAGGGGAGAUCCUGGGGAACAGGGAUCAGAAGGGAUCACUGGACCAAAAGGGGAUCGCGGACCAAGUGGUGGACCUGGACCUCCAGGAGAUACGGGCAUUGGGCUCCCUGGCCCCAAGGGUGACAAGGGUAACCAAGGAAGACCAGGUCCCUCUGGGCCAAUGGGUGUUGGUGAACCAGGGUUGCUGGGCCCAGCUGGGCCACCAGGGAUUCAAGGACCACAGGGGUUUCCAGGUGAGGGGCUCCCUGGGCCAAAGGGUGACAGGGGUUAUGAGGGUCCUAAGGGCAGCCGUGGACCUCCAGGAAUAGGGUUCAAAGGUGAUAAGGGAAACUCAGGAGCCCCUGGCCUUCCGGGACUGAUGGGGUUUCCAGGAGCAGGAAUCCAAGGGGAGAAGGGGGACCUGGGGCCGGCUGGGCCUCCCGGUCCUAGAGGGUCUCCUGGAUUGGGUAUUAUUGGGCCAAAGGGGGACCAAGGUUUCCCAGGAGAGCUAGGACUACAAGGAGAGAGGGGAAUGGGCGAGCCAGGGCCAAAGGGGGAACCAGGACCCGAUGGGGCUGCAGGGAUACCUGGCAUCCCUGGUGAGGAUGGGGCCGUUGGACCAAAGGGUGAGAUGGGAUUACCCGGACUUCGAGGGCCAGAGGGUGCAUCAGGGAAAGGACUUCCAGGAGAAAAGGGGGACAGAGGUGACCGUGGGUUAAGGGGACUCUCUGGAUCCCCAGGCCCAGUCGGACCAGCAGGAGCUAAGGGAGAACCAGGAAGCUUGGGAAUUAUGGGUCCACCUGGGCCUCCUGGACGUGGCCUACCAGGGUCAAAGGGAGAACCUGGGCCAAUGGGAACAGCCGGACCUGUUGGAGAACACGGAGUAGGAAUUCCCGGGCCUAAGGGUGACAGGGGGAAUCCUGGACCUGCAGGGUCAACAGGCACAAAGGGCGAUGGUUUUCCAGGACCACAGGGGCUGCCAGGCUUACCAGGGCCUCCAGGGGAAAUUGGAGCUGAGGGCAAGGGAUUACCUGGGCCCAAGGGUGACAGAGGCUCAGCUGGGGUCCCUGGGCCUGCAGGUCCUCCAGGUAUUGGUCUUUUUGGACCAAAGGGCUCCACUGGGCAACCUGGUCCUCCAGGCUUACCAGGGCCUCCAGGAGAAGGUAUUCAAGGUCCAAAGGGAGAACCAGGGUUUCAGGGGCCAAUGGGCCCCCGGGGGCCUCCAGGGGAUGGCUUCCCAGGGGAAAAGGGAGACAGGGGCAUUCUUGGAGACAGGGGAAGAAAAGGAGAGAAGGGAGACUUCGGAGAGCCAGGAUCUGCAGGACCAACGGGAAGACCUGGUGAGAAGGGGGAACCAGGAUUGUCAAGUGAUGAAGUCAUCAAAAUAAUCAGGGAAAUCUGUGGUUGUGGUCUGAGGUGCAAAGAGAGCCCACUGGAGCUGGUGUUUGUGAUCGACAGCUCUGAGAGUGUGGGACCAGAAAACUUUGAACUGGUUAAAGAUUUUGUGAACGCCCUCAUAGACCGUGUGUCGGUGAGCCGCGAGGCCAGCCGCAUCGGCGUGGUGCUGUACAGCCACGUGGACAUGGUGGUGGUCAGCUUGACGCAGCAGUCCAGCCAGGAUGACAUCAAGGCGGCCGUCAGGAAGAUGCCCUACCUGGGUGAAGGAACCUUCACUGGAAGCGCCCUCCACCGUGCGAACCUGCUGUUCCAGGCCUCGCGACCGGGCGUGAGGAGAGUUGCUCUGGUUCUAACGGAUGGGCAGGCCGACCGGCGGGAUACCAUACAGCUUGAGGAGGUGGCCGCUGAGGCCCAUGCGGCUGGAAUCGAGAUAUUUGUCAUUGGAGUGGUGAACAAGACCGACCCGUUAUACACCGAGUUCCAAAAUGAGAUGAACGCCAUCGCCUCUGAUCCCGACAAGCAUCAUGUCUACCUUAUAGACGACUUCAUGACACUCCCCACUCUGGAGAGCAACCUGCUGAGUCAGAUAUGUGAACUCGAAGGCAUGCUGUUUUUGCCACAUUCCUUAUCCCCGCCAAUGGCUGUACCCACCGAGAAGAUCUUUACUGAGGCUCCAGAAAAGGGCACCUCACCAGAAUUUACAGAGGAAGACUACAUACAACUUGAAAUACCAGUGGAGGCAGUGACCGCUUCGCCCCCACAAGUGCCAAAGUUAGGUGACCUGGAUGAUAACCUAAUUGACCCGAGUAAAACCCUGCUGUACUUUGAAGAGCCCUUGAACGAGCUACCAGAUGUUGUGGUCGCCUCCCCCGACAGGAGGGGCAUGCAGCACCCCCCAGGGAUCUCUAUGCUGGUGCCUCAUACCCCAACUAACUGGCUGUACACGCCGGAAACCAGGCAGGCUCCAUACACGCCACCACCACCCUCUCCUCCCCCGCCACAGAUCUUUGUUCCAGAAUUUGGGUGUCGUCAGCCCCUGGACCCUGGCCCCUGUCGGCAGUACGUGGUGAAGUGGUAUUAUGACCCAGAAGCCAACGCAUGUGCCCAGUUCUGGUACGGAGAUUGUCAAGGCAAUGCAAAUAACUUUGACACCGAAAUCAAUUGCCGGAAUGCUUGUGUCCAAACGUAA